AUUUAUUAAGAGGUGGACGAUGAUCUGUGCGUGAAUUAUUUGAUAGCGCAGCUGUUGAGGUUUGUAGGGAUCGCAAUCGAUUCUUUUAAUGUUUCUUUUUUUAUGAGAAUGACGUCAGAGCACAACCUGUGUCAAUAAAUGAAAAACCAGUGCAAUUGCAGUCAUCGGUGGCAUUUGUACUCAAACGAUUGGAUUAAUUCAACUUUUGCCGCAGUUUCAUAAUCAUGUGAAUCGUAAACGCUGCUGGUGUCCGUGGAUAGCCAGCAAUGGUUACUACGCUGUUUCUACGAUAUGUCUUACACGCUGGAGCUGUAAGGUACCGCAAUCAACGUAGACUAUGUUCCCUUCCUCUAGCACUUCGUUCGCUUAAAGGCAAAUCGCUGCACGAACGUCCAAGUUAUUUUGUCGACUGGAAACGAAUACAAACGGUGGGCGGCAAUGGUGGAGAUGGGUGCAUUGCUUUCCUGCAGCUGUUUUGCAACCCCAACGCAGGUCCAGCAGGAGGCGACGGCGGCCAUGGCGGACAUGUACUGCUUCGUUCGGAGUCUGAUGUGAAGUCACUUGAAAAUGUUCCAUCAACGCCUAUUAACGGCUUUGAUGGCCAACCUGGUCUCGGCAAAGAGUGCCACGGAGCGCGCGGCGAACACGUCUUCAUACCCGUACCUCUCGGAACCGUGGUAAAAGAUAGAACCGGCAAGGUACUAGCCGACCUUGACGCGCCUGGUCUACUGUUUCUUGCCUCGCGUGGCGGUGCCGGAGGCAGGGGCAAUAAAUACUAUCUAAGUAAUGAAAAUCGUCAUCCGUUUAUUUGCCAAAGAGGGGGCAAGGGUGAAGUGAAGACGUACUUUCUUGAAAUGAAGUCUAUGGCACAUGCCGGUCUCAUUGGUUUUCCAAAUGCCGGCAAGAGUACGCUCCUCCAGGCUAUAUCGCGUGCGAAGCCCAAGGUGGCAUCCUACCCGUUUACGACGUUAAAACCUCAUCUUGGCGUCAUUGAUUUCGAGGACUACGAACAGGUGUCCGUUGCAGAUCUACCUGGAAUUAUUGAAGGCGCUGCAAGUCACAACAGGGGAUUGGGAAUUGAAUUUCUCCGUCACGCAGAUAGGUGCGGCUGUCUCGUCUAUGUGAUCGAUGUCAGUCAGGAGACAUACACUGAACAGCUAAAUGUGCUUUGUAGGGAGCUUGAAAUUUACAAGAAGGGGUUCUCUAAAAAGAUGUCAUUGAUUGUCGCUAACAAGAUAGAUCUUGUCGAAAAAAUCGUGCUUGAUGAACGACUACAAACUUUAGGUCGCAUGCUGAAAAUACCCGUAGUACCAAUAAGCGCUAAAUUUGGAACAAAUAUAUCUGCUAUGGUUAAAUAUCUUCGAAUUACAUAUGAGAAGUCGAAGGAGAAAGCAAAGGGAAUUUAGGCUGGCUCCGUUCGUUGUUGAAAUAUUUGUACACUUAUAUACAUCUUUUAAUUAAGCAAAUACGUAAUGCCCACUGAUGAGUGUUGAAUAAAUAGUUGUUGUAUUUGAA